CAAAUGUAGUUCUGGAUCCAGACACAGCCCAUCCUCGCCUCGUCCUCUUGGAAGAUCGUAAAAGCAUCAGAGCAGCUGUUGAAGAUCAGUGCCUUCCCAAAAACCAUGAGAGAUUUGAAAAUUGGCUAUAUGUCCUUGGCUGUCAGGGGUUUUCAACAGGGAGACAUUUCUGGGAAGUCACUGUAGGAAAGGAGGAGGAAUGGUCAGUGAACAGAAAAGAUUACAUCGAAGUUUGUCCUGAGGAAGGGAUCUGGGAGGUUGGGAAAUGGGAAGGGAAAUACCAGGCCAACCUCCCCCAAGAAUCCCCCGAAAUGCCCCUGAGCAAGGAGCCUAAGAGGAUCCGAGUCUCUCUCAACUGUGAAGGGAUCUGCACAUUCUUGGAAGCUGGGGAGACCCUUCUGCCCUCCCUUCUUUGCAUCAAUGCCUGCCUGACGCUCUCUCCAUAA